AUGCACUCCAGGUCGCCAGGAAGUCGGCUUAAGCCCGUCGCAGAUUCAUUGGAAAAUGUUGGAUUUGUCUCAAAAGGAGAUAAAAAGCUACUCAAUCACCAAGCUCAGCAGGAGUAUUUCGAUAAGAUUGUGACGCGAUACUUCAAAUUCUGCGACGAUCACAAAAAAGACCUAGAUGCUGCGUUUGCUUCCCUUCCUACCAGCGCUUCCAACGAUGUGACAUCGAACCCGCCCACCGCUCGACCUACUUUGAAGCCUCGCUCCGCCGCGAAAGACGUCCCCCCGCCAUCGGCAGAGCUCUCCACACUCCUCCUUUCACUGCGCAAGCUCCGAGAGGCCGUUCGAGCCACAGCCACGACAACUCCGAUCGAGUUUGCGCAGAAAGUUCAUUACCUCUCGAUUCGCAUAGCAAUUCGCGCCCAUCACCCUCCCUCCUACUUCCCCUCUUUACAACACAGCCUCGACGAACUCCACUCAAAGUCCCACCCGCUACCGGAAUCCGAAGUCAAGGAGCUCGUUUCAUGGUUGAUUCUCGACUAUGCCUGUCGUCUAGGUGACAUGGCGUCUGCAUUUGAAUUGCGCUCGCGUGCGCGGCGAGAGUAUACGUUUCAUUCUCGGACUGUCGACCAGGUGCUGAGCGCUCUCAUGCAUGACAAUUGGGUGCUAUUCUGGCAGGUCCGCCAAAAUGCAGACAUGCACGAGCGCGCAGUGAUGGAUUGGGCUGUCGAUCGCGUCCGGAGACAUGCCCUCAAAGCGGUUGGUAGUGCAUACCUCAAUGUCCAUGUCAAUUGGAUUGUGGGUGGAUGUACUGGCGACGUGGAGGGCUGGACCUGGGAGAAACUGGUAGAAACGGAAAACCUGGGCUGGGAAAAGGAGGGAGAUAAAGUUAUUAUUCGACGGCCGAAGCCACGGCCUGCACCGGUAUCAACACCAACACAGCCUAGUAGCACUGGUCCUUAG